AUUUAACAUUUCUGUAUAUCGUGUUAUGGGCAAAGCUAGUUAUUCAAUGCCAUAUUUGCCUUUGAUGAUCAAGUUGUUUAAUUUUGGUGUAAACAUUGCUGACUUAUUUUUCUCGAAACACUAUGCUAAUGAUACAUGGUAUACUUCUACGAAAAGGACAAGGAGGAGAUUGAGAUCACACACUGAUUUGUUUAGAUAGUGACAAUCUAUAAUAUAAAGCUUUAAUGAGCUGCAACAACGCCAGCUACACGGGAAGCCAGGAAAAAAGCAUAACAAAUCAAUUAUGAACACGACGAGCGAUUUUACAAUUUUCAGUUUGCAACAUGCCGCAUUCGAAAGAGCGCAGUCCUAUGGCUCUUUUUUAAUUGAUUUAUUUUUAAUUUUACAAUGCUGCGAAUCCCAUUGCUCUUCCCACGCAAAAACUUGAAUUUAAUUUUUUAUAAAUUUGCGGUAGCGAGCGAGCUAUACCGCCGUCUUCCUGAGUUGCUCAUAUUCAGCGAAAUUGAAGAAAACGCUUUACUUCCGAUGGAUUCCCGGCGAAGUACUACGUUCUAUGAUAUUGCAUAAAAGAGAUGUGUUUUGCGACAAAGGCAAUCGGGCUUAAUGUAAACGCAUAUUAUUUCGCCCACGGGUGCGUUUUUCUUCGACAAACGUAAGAAGGCUAAAAUUGCUGAUUCUACUGGCCUUCUUCCAAGAGCCCAUCAAAAUUAUCCUGACUGUUUUACCUUCAUUUCGUACAAUUCUUAAUAAGAGGGCAAAAAUUUCCUCUGGGUCGACCAGGUCGCGCAUUCUGGUAAAUCAUCUGCUCGAAAAUGUUAUGUUAACGUAGAGAGAACUUAGGUAUUUAUCACCACUACGCAUCGAUAGCAGGGUCAAAAAGUGAAAUACAUUUUAGCUGCUCGUUUUGACUCUUUGUCCUCAAAUCAAUUUUUGUCAUCAUUUUUACCAUCCCGGCAAAGACGUUAUUACUUCUGCCGUUUUGAAUUAAUGAAACGGUAGCUUUUAUUUAUUGACAAAUGAAACAAAAGAGCAUACAACAUUUUCCUGCAGAAUACUCGCGAUCCCACAAAAAUCGCACAAUAGUUUGAAGAGAAUUUACAAUUAAGUCACAACUGGACGAGAAAGGCUCCAAGAAACAUCAAAACCUCCCCCAAACAUUAUGCUGACAUAAAACUAUUAUCUAGCCUCUUCCAAAGUUCAGAACUGACAAAUUAUGAAUCUGUUCUGGUAAACGAAUACGUAAUCACCUUUUAAGGUAUAGGGAACUGCCGAUUUGAGAAAGCUGAGCAGAGAUGGUGAUUCUGGCGAGCGAAUUGCCAUAAGUAAUCACUUAUGUUAAGUUUCCACAGAUAUCCAUAAUUGUUUUCCUGUCUUUAACAGCAAAAAAUAUAUAUUCUUGUUAUGUACGUCAAACCCAAGUGGAAAUUUCAAAGCUUUUUCCCCUCAAUAUUAUUCAUAAUACCAGGAACUGUUGUGUUUAUAUUUGAGGAAUGAUGCCGGAAAUUACAAACGUUAACUUAUCAGGGUAUGGAUUUAUUAAUACGUUUUUGCUCGCGUUCGUUUUCCUGUUGAAAGUAAAAUUGUUCUCGUAAACCGAAAGACAUGGCAAAUUGUAUUCGUAGCUCAUGUCGACUUUUGCCAGAGAGUUCAUGCUUCAAGAAUAUUUAUGGGAAAUGCCACUGAUUCAUCAGAACCAAUUAUACAAAGUUUUGUACGAGUCAUUUUUUUCUAGUCUUCUCGUUCUCUUGAUGUACGUCAGAACGAAAUCAUUUCAAAGCCUAUUUCCGUUGUUUAUUCUUUAUGGAGCAACACUGUUUUAUUUGUGGUGAAGCCUCUCAGGGAAUUAUCUCUAGACGUUAUAUUGCCCGUCUAUCGCAACAGAGGAAGUUUCAUCCUUAAGCAAAGUCUGUGAGGCCCGGUAAUAAAAACACCCUCAGUCUUAAAAAGGUCUGCUGUCUGAAUUGAAGAUUAAGGAUUUACUUUUCCGUUUUCUUUGCCCCAAUGUCCUUUCAGAGAGAGUGAGGUUCUACAGGCAGUUUUUUCCUGCAGCUGCCUUGGAGAAAUCUCGCUAUUUUGUUUACUGUGUUGCUUCUAUGCAAGAAGAUUGGAACGCAAAACUGCCAGUUCACUGCACAAUCCCAGUGCACAAUACGUAAAUUGUUUUCAGGAACUGACAAUUAACCAGUUUCCUUGUUUCCAAGGGACCAUUUUUGACCCGAAAACGAGCAGAAAUACAUUCUUAGGAGAACCUCGUACCGAAUAGGCGGUUGGUACGUUUGGAAUUUACCUGCAAAGAUAGCAAGUCCGUCAGCCGAACGUUUGCAGCGAGUUUGCAACUGUUCACUGUGCACAGAUUUUGGGCGAUGAACGGGACAAUCCAGAUGAGUUCUUGUCAUGAUGUGGAGAAAAUAUCGCACAUUGUAAUGAUCACCCUGGUUAUGGUUGGAUCGAUAAUCGGGAACAGUAUAAUUUGCCUUUUACUCGUCCGGUUUAAGACUCUGCGAACAGUGCCGAAUAUUUUGAUCGCGAACUUAGCUGUCAUAGACAUUCUCAAUGCACUGACCAAUAUGCCUCUUAUGAUCAUGUGGUACAUCUGUAAAGUGCCGUACCUCAAGGGACAGGCAGUCUCGUGGUUUAUCGUGACUUGGUACGUACUGUUUAUGUAUCUAACCGUGUUUAACCUCACCGUUCUAACAAUGGAUCGCUAUGGAGCCAUCGUGCACGGCAUUCACUACCACUCGUGGAAAACAAUCAACAAGGCAAAAGUAGCAGUGUUGUGUGUUUGGCUCCUGGCCGCUGCCUAUACAUAUGGCAUGUUCAUCUUAGGGCUCGACAUUCAUCUUGGUGACGCUCCAGUGCUGGUGUACAGGAUACAGUAUUUAAAGAAAUUUGGACGACAUUUUAUAAUUCCCGGUUAUCUGGUUCCAUUCACGAUCAUGCUCGUGAUGGGGGUUGCCAUUUGGCGCACUGUGCACAUCCAUAGCAGACGGAUCUCGACGUUCUGUUCUGGGGGAAAGCAAGUUAAAAAUGAUGUGAAGACCGCCAAGACGAUCGGUUUGACAGUAGCGGCAUUUUUCUGCAUGGGCGUCUUCCCGAUGUUGUUACACAACAUCGCAAGAAUUCACGGUUCAUGGCCUCAUUUCCUUGCGUUUUUCCUCACGCACCUCAACAGCAUGGCGAAUCCAAUUAUUUACUCACUCAAGACUCCAAGGUUUCGCAAGGCCUUCUCAUUGUUCAUGAAGGACCCGUGGGGCAAGUCACAGCCCGUUUUGACUUCCAAGACUCAAACUGAACUUUAUUCCACAACAAGAAAUUCACCUUGCGUAACAGAAGAAUAUAACAUUCAGAUGACAGAACUUUAAAAGGAAAAUAGGGAGUUAAUCCCAAUUUACACGUAUUUCAUUUGAUCAUCUUUUUUUGUUGUUUGUUUUGUGGGAACUAAUCUUUGCGAUUGCCGGUAAAGGACUGGUUUUUCUUGCUGGGUAUUCAUAUUUGUGAUUUUCGGGAAGUCCCGUUUAAUUGAAAGUACAAUUUCGGAUUUAUUAAUUUAACUGCAAGCAACUGACAAGUGAAAACAAGCGCAUAGAUAUAAAACACAGUAAUUCAGUAAUCAGGGUCACUCUAUCCCAUUUAUAUCUUGCUCUUGUGCGAAAAUGUAGUGUUCUUCUCAUUGGAGUGCCUUCAGACAAUCCUUUCCUGUAAACCUUUUUUUAUUAUUUCUGAACGUGUUUCUCAUUUCAUCGUUUAGUUUCUGAACGAAAGAGACGUUUUAAAUGAAUGGCAGCAACAAGAAUCUACUUGUGAUGUUUGUGCGUAUAAUUUCGCCAGUGGAGUAAAUUUUUGCGGAGGAAAUUUUUUCCUGAAGUUUUUUUUGCGGGAACCUAUUUUUUUGCUGAUCAUGGAAAAAAAACGGAUAAAUCGCAAAAAUCAGAGCCUGCAAAAAUUUAGUUCCACACAGUAUAUACGAUUAUACGAUUUGUAAGCAAGAGAUUCAGUAUACACUGCAAACAAAUUUUAAAAACAAUGUGUAGUCAGCUAUGCUUCAUCUUUUUGCAAGUAGCGUUUUCAUUCACGAAAAGAAAUCGAGUCUGUCCCGAGAAUCUGUGUACUUACAACUGAUUUGGUUUACUGUUUGGAUUGGGGUCGAAGAACUAUCAGCUCGCCAUUUACACUCACCCAUUCGCAUCCCAAUUUAUCGUACUCGAGCAGUUAGUAGUUGCAAUUUAAAUGAGCUAAGUCACGGUAUUUUGGCCAGGUACAAAAUAACCUUAAGUUUACUAAGAUAGAAAAAC